UACAAUUGCUAAAUUGGCCCUAUUGUGUUUUUUGUAUUUUCAGGACAAUGUUUUUCUCAAGAUCGAUGAGGCAUUGAUCGUUGCACAUGACACUCUUCAUCAUCUAAACUCGGACUUCCAGACUUUAAAAGAGCUGGACACAAGAAAUAAGCUGCUGCAAAAGCACAUAUCUUAUACGAUUCAUGAUGUGUUUGGUAAACUUGUGAUUGCUCUAAAAAAAAGGAAAUCUGAUCUACUUACUGAUUUAAGAACAAUAAGUGAAAUGUAUACUGCAGAGCUGCAGAAUGCUGUAAAAUCCCUAGAGAAGCAGAAAAAGUGUUUGGGGACUAGAGUUGCAUUUGUUGAAGGGCUGAAAGGGUCACCAAUAAUGACAGCGUAUUGUAAUCUAAAUCAACUUGUUGCAGACCUGAAAAUGAGUUUUAAAAAUGAAGCCAUGCUUGAUUCUCUGAAAGCUUCUCCUGAUUUAAGAUUCACUAUGGACAGUGAAACAGUGCUGGAAACCUUUGAUAAUCUGGGAGCGAUUUACUGUGUUGGCAGUCCGAAAUGCCAGUCCAUAUCCAGUGGGAAUGAGGCGUUUAAAAAAAGUCACCAUUUAGCUUUCAGGCCAGAAGAUGGAAACCCUGAGGUUCAUCUUAAUGAUUGCAGAAAAGGUUUUAUUUAUGAACAGUGUGAAUCUGAUUUUGGAUUUACAAAAACAGUUGAACACAAAAUGGACACAACCAAUCAGCUGACCCCAGGAAAGGACUUUCAUGCCUUUCAAAAAUCACAGUCCCGGACUACCCCUGAUGUCAUCAUUGAAGAAAUUAUCGAGGAAGACCAAUCUUGUAAUGGUUUGCCUGAGGCUCAAAAUAAUACUCCUAUUGACUGUACUAAUGGAAAACCUUUGAAGAAAGAAUUCAGUAAUUGUAAGCCAAAGAGAGUCAAGAAGAGCCAAAAGAUGACGGGCACCUGUGCUCCAUUUUCUAAAAAGAAAAUCACACAGGAACAAGUAUACCUAACUCACGUGAUAAAUCCCUCCAACAUUUACGUCCACCGUUAUUCCCACAAAAUGCAGCUCAUCAUGCUUGAGCGAAUGCUAGAUUUUUUAAGUCGGACGGGCAGCCACUGUGAUCCUGCUGACGUCUUGGAGCUAGGAGAAAUAAUUGCUUUCAAAAGUGCUGUGCGUCAAAGAUUGUGCCGUGGAAGCAUUACUGAGUUGACUCCUCUGGAGAGUAAAUGCAUCAUAAAACCUUGUGGUCCAACAAGAUGUAUAAUUAAAGAUAUUGCAAGUCUGACGCUCUUAUUAAUUGAUUAUGGAGGAUCCGAGACUUUUGUGGCAACAAGGUUUGAAGGCUGCUAUCUCGCCACGAGUGACCCGGUGGUCUGUGAAACUAAAGUUGAUGCUUUGCAUAAAAUCCUAAUAAAACUGACUUCAGCUGAUGAAGAAACUAUAAGGUUUAUGCCACCCUUUGCCGUUCAUUGCUCAUUGGGUAUUGUUCCACCAAGUCCAGAUGCAUUAUGGGGAAAGGAAAGCAAAGAGUACAUAUUAAGAGUGGUUGGCAAAAAGUGCGUUUUAAUGAAAGUCUACAGGGAAGAAGACAAUAAGUGGAUUGUUGACUUGAAGAAACCUUUUGACAAUAAGAUCUAUAGUGAGAUGCCAGUGUCUCUUCGUGAUGCCCUCGUUUUCAUGGAGUUGGCAAAGUUUCCCUCUCACGCACUAAGAACCGAAACCAUCAUUUAUUACAAAGAUCCAAUUUUACCCAAGGACAUGACCGAAGAUGUUGUCGUCGUUUGCCAUUUUAAUGAUCCAUCAGACUUUUAUAUCCAUCUGGUGGGUGGAACAGAUUACUUAGACGUUAUGAACAGGAUUCAGGAAGUGUACAACAGCAAAGAUGCCAAGGACUGGCAAAUUCUGUACCCAGUGGAGGGUCAACCUUGCAUUGCUAGAUAUGAUAUUGGAGAUGAAUAUUGGUACAGAGCAGAAAUUGUUGCUUUACCUAAUUCUCAAGAAGCUGUCAUAAGGUACGUUGACUUUGGCAAUAUUGCCAAAGUUGAUGUUGCAGGUUUGAGACGUUUAAUGGAAGAAUUCAUGGCAUUACCACGCAAGGCAAUUAGCUGCAGUCUGGCUUAUAUUCAGCCUCUUAAUGCUGGACUCUGGAGCUCAGAGGCAUGUCUACUGUUUGAAGGUCUCACUUCCUAUAAACAUCUGAGAUGUAAUUCAAUAGGUGUUCUGCACGAGAACAAGCUAUCUGUGGAGCUGUUUGAUGUUAACCUAAGUGAAGUGAACAGCAUUAACACUAUGCUUGUUGAGAAAAAUGUUGCGUCUUUUAUACCGUGCACAUCAGAUACCGGUGAGCAUCAUUUGCCUUUGAAGGAAGUAUGGGAUCCGGACAUAUUAUCGGACACGGUGGAAAUGUGCAUGGAUAACGCUUCUUCCUUUGAACAAAAAGAGCUUGAUGUGUUCAUCAGUAAUGUCGUAUCUCCCAGCAAAAUCUACGUGCAGUGUUUAACUUCCCAGAACAUUCUCAAGAGUUUGCAAGCAAACAUAUUUGACCGCUACGAGAACUCAGAACCAGAAGCUAUACAAUGGCAAAUCGAUAUGCAAGUCGCAGUUCAUCUUCAGGAUUAUAAACAGUGGAGGCGUGGGACGAUAACAAAUAUAUCAGACACUCUGGUUGAGGUGUUUUGUUAUGAUUUUGGUAAACAGGAAGUGAUGGAGAGCACCAAUUUAAGAAUUCUGGAUGAAAGCCUUAUGAUAUAUGGUACCCUGUGUCUGGAGUGCUCCCUCAUGGAUAUACAGCCCGCUGGAGGAAGUCAGAACUGGACUGCAACAGCUUGUGAUUUUCUUUCCUGUUAUCUUAGCGAAGCCACAGUCCGAAUGAUAAUUGAAGACGAUGCGUCAGUAUGGCCUUUGCCAGUUAGAAUUAAACUUAAAAAUGAAGCUCACAAUAUGCUUGAUAUCUCUGAUGUCUUGGUGAAAAAAGGAUUAGCGCUGAGAGACAGAAGGAUGAACAAGCUGAAUCCCGUGCUACCCCUGCUAGAAGCUCACGAUAAAAGGACACCGCUGUCUGCCAAGAGUUGUCUUCAAGAGCAAGAUCCAGUAGAAGAACGUGCAAGAGAAUCAAAUCCCGAGUGUGCCAAGACACUGACAAGUGAGCCAAGUAACAUUGCAGUGCCUGAAGAAGCAGCGGUGGAGCCGAUGGUUGCUGAACCGUACUUGCCGCCCUUGUUGCCUGAGGAGAAGAAAUUUUCAGCUAAAGUCCUCCAUGUUGCUGAAGAUGGAACAAUAUAUGUAAUCCAGGAAUGUUUGGAAAACGAGCUUGGUGUGCUUAUGCUUGAUAUCCAGGAUUCAUUUAAGUGCCUAGGUUUGAUGGCACCCUACUCUUGGAGGAAAGGUGAAGGCUGUCUUAUUAAGGGAUCUGAUACCAUGACAUACCGAGGAAAGGUUCUUGACAUUCUCAGUGGAGAUAUGAUUACAGUGAAGUAUGCAGAUUACGGAUACACAGAGAAAAUUCCCAAGUGUCACCUCUACCCAUUUGUGUAUAAUCCACAUAUUCCACGGUUCUGUAUACCUUGCCAGCUGAAUGAUAUUGUCCCUGUUGGUGACCAUUGGCAACAGGAUGCAAUUCAGUUGCUUAAAGAACUUCUGCUGAAGAGACUAGUCACCGUUCACAUCGUGGAGCCUGCAAAUUAUUCUGAUGGUGUUGCAUCUGUUCGUAUAUAUUGUGGAAAUGCUUCAGUCUCUUCUAUUUUGGAGCACUAUGACCACGGUGUUCCCACAGGUUGUGAGAAAAACAACGUGGAGACAAACUGCAUUACAGAUAUUUCUUAUGAGAAAAUUUGGCGAAUUGACUUUCAGGAAUUGCUUCAGAAUGGUUUGGAAACACCUUUAUUGCCUAAAUAUUCUUCAGAAUCUUUGCCUCGCACAGGAGAACUUUUUAAAGUGGUAGUCACUCACUUACAAACACCUAAUCUUGGCUUCAUUUGUAUUAAGAAUGAAAGUGGAAAAUCCCAGAUCAGUGGCUGUGGUGAUGGAGUCUCGGAAUCUCUUCAAUCCAUCCUUGAGAAAAUCAACUCUGAAAGGACUGAAUUGUCACACUUGACGGAUUUUAGAACAGAUAUGCCAUGCCUUGCUGCCUACUCAGACAGUUUGUUGCAUAGAGGGAAAUUACAGUCCAUUAAAUCUUACGACCCUGUCGCCUGUGUAGUGGAAUUUGUUGAUUAUGGAGCUACAAUGGUGGUGGAUACCAGCAGUUUAUUUCAGCUUCCCGCUAUACUCAUCCAGUACCCGGCAAAAGCUAUCAAAGUUGGACUGGCUGGAUUUAAGGCUCCGAAAGAAGACUUCGAAAUCCAGAGACUUCAGUACUGCCCAGAGUGGAGUUGCAAAGCAUUGAUUGAAAUGGUGGACAUAAUGGGAGGAAAGACACUCUCUGCAGCAUGUCGCGCCGGGACAGAAAAUACAGUCUUCUUGUACGACGAAAAUCAGCAAUUGGUGCACAAGCCACUGAUCACCAUGGGACUGGCAGAUGUAGAUGAGAUUUGAGUGUGUAUGAAGGUAACCAUCUGUCUUUCCCAGUGAGAAGUUUCCUUAGUUUAUGGGUUAUUGUAUCAUCCGUUCUACAUGUUUGCUGAGCAACUGCAAAGUGGCAGUAGAGUUUUUGUUACAUGUGCAAAUGAAAGUUGUGCGCUUUUUUUUUUUUGGCACACCAUUAAUAUUAAAGUAUGUCGAU